AUGUCAAGUGGUACUAAUCGAUAUAAUAAUAGUUAUUAUUCAAGUCGAUAUAAUCCAUAUUUUCAAUCUCAACAAGGUAAAUCAUUAUCUUGUGCUAUUAUAGAUGAUGGUUAUUUACUUGAUAAAUUUCAUUAUUUAGAUUCAUUUAACAGUUAUUAUCAAGUAACAACAAGAGAGCAACAAUUUUCCAAUAUGUCAAGUACUAAUAAUAAUCGAAAUAUUCAUUAUCGUCAACCAACUGAAUAUAAUUCGGAUUUUCAAUCUCAACAAGGUAAAUCAUUACCUUGUGCUAUUAUAGAUAAUGAUUAUUUAUUUGAUAAAUUUGAUUAUUUAGGUUCAUUUAACAAUAAUUAUCAAGUAACAAUAAGAGAUCAACAAUUUCCAAAUAUAUCAAGUAGUAAUAAUCGAAAUAUUCCUGAUCAUUGUUCAAGUGAAAUUGUUGAUACGGCGAUAGUUGGCUAUGGUUAUCAAAACAUGAGUAGCAAUCUCAUGAUACAUGUGGACAAGGGACGAGUUUUUAGUAUGGUUCACAUUGGCGAAAAUCGUUUUUUUUUGUUUAACUUGUAA